AUGGAUCUAGACACCACUCGAUUAUUAGGAGCUCCUUCCCCUUCUUUUUCUUGUUCUUUCACCAAUUCAUGGACCCACGAUGUGUUUCUCAGCUUUAGAGGUGAGGACACACGCUACAAUUUCACAGACCAUCUACACAAAAAUUUGGUCCAGAGGGGCAUCAGAACCUUCAUAGAUGAUGAGCUCCCAAGAGGAGAAGAAAUAUCACAAACACUUGUCGAUGCAAUUGAAGGAUCGAGGUGUUCUGUCGUCGUAUUCUCUGAAAAUUAUGCAUCCUCGAAGUGGUGCUUGGAUGAACUUGUUCAUAUCAUUCAGUGUAGAAAAUCAAAGCAACAGAUGGUUUGGCCAGUUUUCUACAAAGUGGAUCCCAAAGAUGUAAGGAACCAAAGAGGUAGUUAUGGCGAGGCACUGAAUAACCAUGAACGCAAAUUCAAAGAACAGAAACUUACAAACCAUGAUGAAAGAAAAUUCCAAGACAAUAUGAAGAAGGUGCCGAGAUGGAAGGAAGCUCUUACAAAAGCUGCACACUUGUCUGGGUCGCAUUACUUGGAGGGCCGUGAAGCUGAAUUUAUUCAGAACAUUGUCAACGAGAUUUCCUUACAUGUAUUAAAUGAUACCCAUAUCAAUGUGGCAAAAUACCAAGUUGGAAUAGAGGCUCGUGUACGAGAUAUUCAUAAAGUUUUAGAAGUUGAAGGAAAUGAUGUUCGCAUGGUAGGAAUAUGGGGGGAUGGUGGAAUAGGAAAGACAACUGUUGCUAAAGCUGUUUAUAACUCACUGGCCCAUGUGUUUCAAGGGAGUUGUUUUCUGGAAAAUGUAAGAGAAAGAUCAAUACCAUAUGGAGGCCUAGUCGACCUACAAAAUCUUCUUCUUUAUGAGAUUCUAAGAGGAAAGGAAAUAAAGGUUACCAGUGCCGAUAAAGGAAUCAGUGUGAUAAAGGAAAGGUUGAGUCGUAAAAAGGUCCUUGUAAUUGUAGAUGAUGUGGAUCAUUUGGACCAGUUAAACAACUUAGUUGGAGGUUGUGAUUGGUUUGGUUUGGGCAGUAGAAUUAUCAUAACGACAAGAGAUAAGCAUUUGCUAACUUCUCAUCAAGUUAGUAUUAUAUACAAGGCCAAGAAAUUAAACUUUGGUGAAUCUCUUGAUCUCUUCAUUAGUUGGAUUGGUGGGAGAAAUAAAAAUUUGGAUGAUGAUUAUGUGAAAGCUGCAGAAACUGUGGUGAAUCAUGCUCAAGGUCUUCCUUUAGCUCUCAAGGUUUUAGGUUCUCAUCUAUGUGGUAGAAGUAUAGAUGAGUGGCAUGAUGCAUUGGAUGGGAAUCUGCACUCGGACAUUAAAAAAACUCUCAAAAUAAGCUAUGAUGCAUUGGAAUAUUCGGUGCAAGAAGUUUUCCUUGACAUAGCAUGUUUCUUUAACGGUAGAAAGGUGAACCAUGUGAUACCGAUCCUGGAAGGUUGUGACCUCAAGCCUGAGUAUGCUAUUAAAGUACUCGUAGACAAGGCCCUCAUAAAUAUUGAACAAGACACAAUUGGGAUGCAUGACUUGCUUGAAGAAUUGGGUAGAGGAAUAGUUUAUCAAGCGUCACCAAAUGAGCCUGGUGAACGUAGCAGAUUGUGGUUUCAUGAGGAUGUUUAUCGUGUUCUAACAGAAGGAACAGGAACAAACAAUAUUAAAGGCAUCAUAGCAAGUUUCCGACACCAAAAGACAUAUGCUUGA